AUGCUCACUCUUCAAGUUCUAGCAACCAUAGCCCUCGGAGCUGCAGUUGUCGCGGCAAACCCGUUGGAACGUCGCACUGCAACCAACGUCUUCCCGACGCCUCCAACAACCAGCUCUCUCAGCAGUCCCAUCACUAUCGCUGCUGGACAGACAUUCACUCCAUCUCAGGCAUACACUCGGUACGACCGAGGAUCUGGCGCAUGCAAUGGACAGGCAGAAGGUGGCGACUCUGAUGCUGUUUUCCUGCUUCAAGAAGGUGCCACGUUGAGUCGAGUCGUCAUUGGCGCCAACCAGGCUGAAGGCGUUCAUUGCCUCGGUUCGUGUACCUUGGAUCACGUCUAUUUCGAGGACGUCUGCGAGGACGCUAUCACGAUUAAACAGACUUCGGGUACCUCCCGUAUCAACUAUGGCGGCGCCAAACACGCUGAAGACAAAGUGGUUCAACACAAUGGUGGUGGAACUGUGAUCAUCAACUCGUUUUACGUUGAAGAUUUUGGAAAGCUUUACCGAAGUUGUGGAAAUUGCAAAACGCAAUACCAGCGCAAGGUUCAAAUAAAUGAUGUAUGGGCCGUCAAUGGUGACGUUCUCGCUGGCAUCAAUUCCAAUUACGGAGACACUGCAACGAUCCGUACAACGACUGUCGAUGAUGUUGACACUAUCUGCGAAAGGCAAGUCUAG